AAAGGGAAGAGGCUGCAAAGCAUGCUGGGAAGCCUGCGUCCCUCUCAGCUAGGCCCCUGUGGGGAUGGACGUUACCAGGGCCCUUCGGGUCAGAAGGUGGAGCUGAAGCAGCGGCCCCUGAACACCCUGAGGGCUGGGGUUAACCCAGGCACUGUGGUGCUGGGAAAAGUUCUCUUCAGCCUGACCACAGAGGAGAAGGUGCCUUUCACUUUUGGCUUGACGGACUCCGCUGAGGGCUCCUGUUUUGCUGUGACCGUUUACAACAUGGCCCAAAGCUGGGGGGUUCUGAUUGGGGACUCGGUGGCUAUUCCCGAGCCUCACCUUCGGCACCAUCACAUCCAGCAUCAGGCAAGGUGAGCCUGGGUUGCCCUCUCCUUCCACCCUGCCUUUCCGUGCUCCAGCACCUAGCAUGAGCAA